GUCUCCAGCUCCUGUACUUCCUUUGACAAUAUCAUCAGCUAAUAUUCUAUUUAAUAUACACAUUUAUUUCAUUUAGCUUAUGAGUUGUGUAGCAAGGAAGGUUUUUUUUUUGUAAAAUCGUGUAAUAUUUAAUUGCAGACGAUGUAGGAUUUAAUGCCUCGGCUGUACCGAAAAUGCCCACUUACUUGGUUCAGAAUUUUUACCUUAUUCUUUUCUUUGUUUGUUAUUUUUGUUUCAUGAUGAAUGUGAAUUCUUGUCACGCAUCGAAGUAAAACUAAAUGUGCGUGGAGAGGCUGUGAGCUGCCCGGUGGGAAGCCCCAUCGCAGGGUUAAAGGUACAGCGACGUGCGUCAGCUGAUGCGUAGCGUCACGUAACCGCUGCUCGUCGUCGUCGUCGUCGGGGGAGGAGGAGGAGGAGGCUGGAGGAGGCUGGUCCUCUCACGGAGGAGCCUCUAGUUGCAGCUAAUGACAAGCGGCCCAUUCUCAUCCCUGAUCAUGUGCCUCCUUCUCGGGCCGUCUCUGCUGCAGGAAGUUAGAUUUGUUUUCUUCCCUCGCUCCUCUUGACAGACCCAUUCGCAGCUUCACCCUCGCCUUAUUUUCUGCGCUUUCGCUCUCACUUUUUUUUCUUCUUCCUUUCCUCAGCCGAGAAGCUGGCUCUGUGAAGCCAGAGACCCGGCGGCGAACACCGGCUGACAUCCCCUCCCCUCCCGCCCUCCCCUCCCGGCCAGGGAGAGCGGGACAUGGAGGCCGUGGUGGUGGUAGAGGAGGAUCAGGAGCCCUCUCUCACGGACGAUACCAUUCCUCUGCCUACCUUGAGCCCUGCCGUUCCUCCGUACGUCACCCUGGGCCUGACGGUGGUCUACACCGUCUUCUACUCCCUCCUCUUCAUCUUCGUCUACGUCCAGCUCUGGCUGGUGCUGCGCUACCGGCACAAGCGCUUCAGCUACCAGACCGCGUUCCUGUUUCUGUGCCUGCUGUGGUCGGCCCUGCGCACCGUGCUCUUCUCCUUCUACUUCAAGAACUUCGUCACGGCCAACACUCUGGGGCCCUUUCCAUUCUGGCUGCUGUACUGCUUUCCCGUGUGCCUGCAGUUCUUCACACUAAGCCUCAUGAACCUUUACUUUGCACAGGUGGUUUUCAAGGCAAAGUCGAAAUAUGCACCAGAACUCCUGAGGUACAGGCUGCCGCUGUACCUCCUCUUCCUGUUCAUCAGCCUGGUGUUUUUAGUUGUGAAUUUGGUAUGUGCCCUGCUGGUGAGGAUGUCCUUCGCAGAAGCCCACACCAUCGUGCUGGUGAGGGUGGCGAUCAACGACACCCUGUUCGUCCUGUGCGCCGUCUCGCUUUCGCUGUGUCUGUACAAGAUCGCCAAGAUGUCCCUGGCCAACAUUUACCUGGAGUCCAAGGGGACGUCUGUGUGCCAGGUGACAGUCAUAGGGGCCAUCGUCAUCCUCCUGUACGCAUCCAGGGCCUGCUACAAUCUGGUCGUCCUGGGACUCUCGAACAAGAGUAUUAACUCCUUUGACUACGACUGGUACAACGUUUCGGACCAGGCAGAUUUACAGUCGACUCUGGGCGACAUGGGCUACAUCGUGUUCGGGGUGAUUUUAUUCGUGUGGGAGCUGCUCCCCACCUCUUUAGUAGUUUUCUUCUUCAGGGUGCGACAGCCUAACCUAGACAGGAGCGGCUCUGGGCUUCCUGGUCACGUCUUCUCCUCUAGGGCUUAUUUCUUUGACAACCCACGACGCUACGACAGUGACGAUGAUCUCGCGUGGAGCGUCAUGCCACAGAACAUCCAAGCCAGUCUGGCCGCUGACAGUUACGAGUGGGGGAGCCAAAGCAGCGGCAUUGGCGCCUACAUCGGAGGGGACGACAGUUACAACCUCCCUUCUCCUCCCGAAGAGCUCAGCCAUUACUGACCAGAGUCCAUACUGACUCCUACUGACCUGUGGGAUUGUUUUUUUAUCUGUAUAUUUUUGCACAUGGCAUUAAAGUCGCCCUCAUCAUUCACUUAGUAAUACGUCUAGAGAAGAGGACCUAACUUUCCUCUCAGCCAGUAUAUGAAGGCCCAUUGAUGGGUCAUUAAUUUUGCACUCUCCUUGUACAAAGUUUGAUCUUCUCUUAAACGUUUUUUCAAUGUAUAGCUUGUACUGAAUACUGCUUAAUAUAUUUCCUGACCUUUGUAAUAUGUACUGUAUUACUAUUUUACGUACUGUGUCCUUUUUCAUACAGAUUUGUUUAUAUAGAAGAGAUGAUUAUUUCAUAUUAAAAAUAUUAUAACAUGUAAAAAAUACAAUUCAUUUUUAA